CAUUAUCAUAGAGAGCAUGAAUACUUCCGCCGCUUUAUCUUUUGCGCGCAACAAAAGUGUUUUACUCUUCUAUCUUUCCUGCCACCAUAGAGCAAUAAUCAUGUCUGAUUCAAUUCAAAAUCAAGUUGGUGAUUAUCAUCAUCAUGGUCCAGAAAUGUUAACGGUAAAACAUUCACCUUGGGCAAGCAAACCAAGACAACGUGCACAAUUAUCUUGCGAUCGUUGUAGAAAACUCAAGCGAAAAUGUGAUCGUCAAUUCCCAUGCACAGAAUGCGCAAGUUUCGCAUCACCUUGCUCAUAUGAACGAGCACAAAAGACAACAGAAGCAUUACAUGAAUCCAAACAAAGAAGAAAAUUCGCCAGAAAAAGCAGAUCUAGCCGUACAAAUGAACCUUUCGAUACGUCAUUGGCAGACUAUACUGCAGAAAUGGCUGCAUCCUCUUCUUCACGCUCGCCUCAGGACAUCAAGUUCGCAACCGGCAAACGUUCAUCAACGUCUAGUAACAUGUUUGCCCAGCCUGGAUCAUACUCAUCUCACGAAGGUCACAGCAGCAGUGCAUCGAAUACUUCACCAUGGAAUACUACCCCUCCAAGCAUUCAUACAGCUGAAACCUCGCCUGAGACAAAGAUGGACACUGCUCCUUCAGCCAUUGGUCAAACUACUGCUGUAUCCCAUCCUCAAGAGGCGCUCAACCCUAUGCAACCUGCUACGAAGCAAGAUUUUGACGGCUUGGUUCGAGAAGUGACCUUCCUUCGACGAGUAUUCUCCGUUUGGUAUCGCGAUAUCGAAUGGAUGCAUAGCUUACUACGGGGUACGGCUUUUGACAAGAUUAUAAACAAAAAUCUGGAAUUGGUCAACAGCGAAAAACAUAUGGAAAGAUUUGGCGGUUUGAUCUAUUCUAUCAUCGGAUUAUGUGCGCUCAUGUACCCGAGUGACGUUGAAGGUUGCCUUGUUUGUAUGCCAAGCGGCUCUGAAAGACAUGGCUUCUACACAGCAUCAUCUGUUCGCGUGGCAGCUUACGAGCGAACAGAACAGUGGCUCGAAGACUUAGCCAAAAGAUCCCCUGUGACCGAAUGGAAAGCAGAAGCAUUCCAAACUUCUCUCAUUCAUGGCAUGCACAUCAAGUACACGGGCAAUUGGAACUUGUACAGAGAAGUAGGCGGUCGUGAUAUGGAUCGUCUGCAACGUGCUGGUUAUCACAAUCUCAGUGAUAUGAUUGCAAAAGAUUUGAAUGACGAUGAAAUCGUGGCACGAUAUACGGUAUUUUGGCGUUAUUUCUGUCAUGAUCGUAUCUCAUCAUUGUUUGAUGGCAUCCCAUACACCAUUCAAGCGCGCAAUUCGGAUAUGUGGUUGUUCGAAGAAGGUUUGGACCCUAUCCACAUUCGUCAAUUAUGUCGAGACAGUGGCGCGGGCUACAUUCCUGAAGGUUCAAUCAGUGAGAGUCCGCCUGUGGAUAACCGCUUAGCUCGUCGUUUAGUGGAAGUAUUAUCACCUUAUACACUCACGAUGAACAAAUUGGCCGCUUUAGCAGGUCGUUGCGGUGAUCGUCUCAACACGAUGAGUCAAGCAUCUCUUUCGGAUAAUUAUAUGCGUGCUGAACAUAUUGCUGCUGAAACGGAUGACGACUUGUUUGAUAUGGAAAGCAAGAUCGAUAUGAAUCAAUUCUCGAUGGGAGAAUUACCGAUGAUCACGCUGACAAUUGCACGUAUAAGAAGAGAUAUUACUACUCGUCUAAGUCGUCACAUUGCGAAACUUCACAAAGCUGCACCGCAAGGUGAAGAAGCAAUGGUUCAAACGCUGAACAGACGUUGUCUCAACACGGCAAAGAGUCUCAUUCGGCAAGGAACGUCGGUUUUGGGAGGCACACCAAUUCGAGCGAUCGCAAUGCCUUUCUUCAGUUUGUUCGUUGCAGAAACAAUGGUGGAAUUGCUCACCUCUGUUGAACAGUCAGUCACAACAUCGAGUGGUCAUGCCACUCUGGACUCUGAAUCAAAAGAUGAUCUUAAACAUGCACUGAUCGGACGUAAUUUCCUCGUUUUGAUCGCAAGGGUUGGUGAAAUUUAUCUGAACACAAUGGUAACGCAAAAAGCAUGUGCUCAUAUCAGUGUUGUUUUGCAAACAUGUUUACCGGGCAAAUAUGCAGCAAUCCACAAACAAAUCAUGGACGUGAAUCAAGUUAUGGAUCCAGAACCAAUCAUUAUGGCAAUCUCUUCUCCGCCUCAAGCUAUGGAAACUGGUAUCGCUCCUCAACGUGCUGAAGAUGUUUUAAACUUUUUAGGAAGCUUGACAUCUUUACAACGUAUUUUCGAGAUGGGCGGUCAAUCGUGGUCGCAGUAAAAUGUUUUCCUUCUUUUAAUUUCUUUCAUUCUCAUAUCUGUACAAUUCUGCCUGAAUGCAGGCUGUAUAUCAUGAUAUCGCAAUGUUCAUAUUUCAUGUACGAGUACCUUCCAAUUUGUCGCCAUAAGAGAA